GUCAUUUCUGACUUCGACAUGACGCUGAGCAGGUUUGGGUGCAACGGCAGACGCUGCCCCACUUCGCACAAUAUCCUCGAUAACAGUCGUGUUAUCAGUGAGGACUGCAAGAAGAAGCUGAAAGAUCUGCUGCACUAUUACUAUCCCAUUGAAAUCGAUCCCAACCGGACCCUGGAAGAGAAACGUCCCCUCAUGGUGGAGUGGUGGACCAGGGCCCAUGAGCUGCUGUCGCAGCAGAAGAUCCAGAAGGGUGACAUAGCCCAGAUCGUCAGAGAAUCGGACGUGAUGCUGAGGGAUGGAUUCAGUGAGUUAUUUGAUCAGCUGCAUAAGUACAACGUCCCCCUGUUCAUCUUCUCUGCUGGCGUCGGUGAUGUCCUUGAAGAGAUUAUCCGUCAGGCCAACGUCUUCCACUCAAACGUCAACGUGGUGUCCAACUACAUGGACUUUGAUGAUGAUGGAGUCCUCACGCGUUUCAAGGGACCUCUCAUCCACACCUACAACAAGAACAACAGCGUCCUGCAGGAUACAGAGUAUUUCCAGCAGCUGAGCACUAGGACGAGCAUCAUCUUGCUGGGGGACUCCAUGGGUGACCUGACGAUGGCAGACGGCGUUCCCAGUGUGGAGAACAUCCUCAAGAUUGGCUUUCUCAAUGACAAGGUGGGUGUGAGAAGCAGUUGUCUUUACCUGGAUGCCUACGACAUUGUGCUGGAGAGCGAUGAGACGCUGGAUGUGGUCAACGGGAUUCUGCGGUACAUCCUUACUGAGACAUGA